AUGACUCGAUUCCAGAACAAAAGGAGAAGUGAUGAUGACAACAAACAUAUGAUAGGUACCAACAAAAACAUUAAACAACAAAAAAGAGAUAAUCCAAUAUAUAGACAGCAUGAGAAUGAUCUGAGAAAAAUGCGAAGAGCAGAUGACACAUACAGAAGCCAUGAAAAUGAACAAAGAAUGAUAAAUAGAAAUCUAAAGAGGAAAAAUGCUGAGUACAGAAAGGAUGAAAAUGUGAAAAGAAAUGAAACCAGACGUGAAAAAAGAAAUGACACUGAGUACAGAAAGGAUGAAAACGUGAAAAGAAAUGAAACCAGAAGUGAAAAAAGAAAUGACACCGAGUACAGAAAGGAUGAAAACGUGAAAAGAAAUGAAACCAGAAGUGAAAAAAGAAACGACACAGAGUACAGAAAGGAUGAAAACGUGAAAAGAAAUGAAACCAGAAGUGAAAAAAGAAAUGACACCGAGUACAGAAAGGAUGAAAACGUGAAAAGAAAUCGAACCAGAAGUGAAAAAAGAAAUGACACCGAGUACAGAAAGGAUGAAAACGUGAAAAGAAAUCGAACCAGAAGUGAAAAAAGAUAUGACACGGAAUACAUAAAAGAUGAAAACGUGAUAAGAAACCGAGCCAGAAGUGAAAAAAGAAAUGACACCGAGUACAGAAAGGAUGAAAACGUGAAAAGAAAUGAAACCAGAAGUGAAAAAAGAAACGACACCGAGUACAGAAAGGAUGAAAACGUGAAAAGAAAUCGAACCAAAAGUGAAAAAAGAUAUGACACGGAAUACAAAAAAGAUGAAAACGUGAAAAGAAACCGAGCCAGAAGUGAAAAAAGAAAUGACACCGAGUACAGAAAGGAUGAAAAUGUGAAAAGGAACAAAACCAGAAGUGAAAAGAGGAAAGACGACAGCUAUAGAUGUAAAGAAUAUGAAACUAAGCAACAAAAAAGAAAAGGAGUUACAGACAGAGACAAACUUAUAGAAAAAUUUCAUAAAACAGUAGCAUGUGGACCAGUAAUAGUCUGUCAGUGUAUUUAA